UCCUCUGCCUGCACUGCUGCCAUUAUCGCUGCACCACCUCACGCAGGACACGCAGACAAAGCAACGAUUUCGAAGAAUGGACCCGGGUGCAUUUUAUGGAAAAUUUGCUGCGAAAGUGCCCCCUGACUACAGUGAUGACUCUGACCUGGAUUCAUCGAGCGACGAAGAGCCUGAAAACGCUGUUUUAGCCCGGACAACACCGCCAGCUGACAGUGAGGAUGAAGAGGUCUCAGGAGCUCCAAGCACGGCCAGUAUCGACAAUGCGCUUGAAGAAAUCCCCAAGCCUUCGAAGGAUUCUCCCACAUGGAAGGCUGUCCGAGGCUCCUCGAGUAAUGCCAUGCCUGAGUGGAAAGACGUACCACCCUACCCAUCCCCGGUGGGGUCUCCCAUCACCUAUUUCGGAAACGUCUUUGACGUGACAUUCCUGUCUCACAUCUGUGAGCAGUCCUCCCUGUAUAGCGCUCAGAGGAAUCCGAACAAAGUUGCUUCAAUGACAGUCAAUGAUUUAGAGCAGUUCAUCGGUACAGUGCUCACUAUGUCGCUUAUGAAGCUGCCUCAAACACGCAUGUACUGGUCGCAGAGGUUCCGAGUCAGUCAAGUCGCCGACACCAUGACGAGAGACAGGUGGGAAGAAAUCAAGCAGUCGCUGCAUUUUAGUGACAACCAGGAAGCACCAGACCAGAAUGACCCCGAACGUGACAGGCUUUACAAAGUGCGGCCCCUGUUGGACCACCUGGUCGCCAAAUGCCGCGAGAUACCAAAAUCUCAAAAGCUAUGCGUUGAUGAGCAGCUGGUGCCGUUCAAAGGCCGCAGCUCAUUGAAGCAGUAUUUGCCCAACAAGCCCAAAAAAUGGGGUUAUAAGCUUUUCCUUCUCUGCGAUGAACGCGGCAUAAUGUACAACUUUGAAGUUCACACAGGCAAAAUUCUUCCUCAGCAAGGUUUUCCCGACAUCGGCGCAAGUGGCAACAUCGUCCUGCGAAUGGCGAGUAUCGUGCCCCGCGGUCUAGACUACAUCUUGUAUUUUGACAACUGGUUUUGCGGCGUGGACUUACAAGUAGUCCUCAAGAAGGUUGGAAUCAGUUCCGUAGGGACAGUACGCGAGGCUCGCCUAAAAGGAUGCCAGCUUCCAUCCGACAAAGAUCUGGAGAAGAAAGGGCGUGGCUCUUACGUGGAAAUGGCGACCACAUUUGAAGGGGUGAGCCUGAGGGCUGUCAAGUGGUUUGACAACCGCCCCGUGACUUUACUGUCCACGUUUGCUUCAGCUUCACCCGAGCAGGCCGUGAAGCGCUUCGACAAGAAGACCCGAACGACUGUGAGCAUACCCUGCCCUGCUAUUGUCGGCAUCUACAAUGAAUGCAUGGGAGGUGUUGAUCUUAUGGACAUGCUUGUGGCACUCUACCGCAUCCACGUAAGGUCAAAAAAGUGGUAG